GUAUUACGCCCCGACUCACCCAAAAAAAACUGUCGAACUGGCAGGGAGCAGUCUAAAGGGGUCGAAAAUACUCAAAGAAUCUACAAACCCCAAGAAACAUAGCUGCUUCACUCUCCACCAGGAUUACAUCGUGAUUGGACACAUGACCGUCUCCCUGCCAAUGACAGCUCUUUAGAGGGGAAAUGUCCAUGUCCACCAUAGUCAUUGGCUGAGCUGGACUUGAGAUCACAAUGAUGAAGAUGAUCUGAGGGAGUCUUCCUCCUCAGGUGUAGGAGGCGGGCCCUUUCCUAUUCCCUUGACACACCCAUUAAUAUGAACCAUGGACCCAGGAGCAGUUGACAGUCCCGUCACCUUAGUCAUCAAGGCCCCCAACCAGAAGUAUGACGACCAGACAAUAAACUGUUUUCUCAACUGGACGGUGGAGAAACUGAAGAGUCACAUCUCGAAUGUGUACCCAAGCAAGCCGUCAUCCAAGGAUCAGCGGCUGGUAUACUCGGGCCAUCUCCUCCAGGACCACCUGCAGCUGAGGGAUGUCCUCAGGAAGCAAGAGGGUUAUCACAUGAUGCACCUGGUGUGUGCCUCUCGUACCCCUCCAGCGUCGCCCACACCCCACUGCUCCGCCCCCAGCUCUUUGAUCUCUGAACCCGGCUCCAGCUCUGGGAGUUCAGACAGUGCUGGCUCCACCUCCCAAGCCACAGCGCCAAAUCAGGACAGUCAGUCCGCCGCCUCCUCAGUACCAGGAAGUUAUGAUGGGCUAAGGCAUCGUGGAGGCUUCCCCCAAUUUAACCCUCAAAACCCUUCCUCUACUGGUAUAAUGCAAUGGCCAGAUGGGACGCAGGUCCCGGUACAGGGGGGUAUGGCUGCAGGUGUGCCCCCCCACCCCAUGUACAUGCCCAUGCAGGUCCUCUGGUGGCAGCAGAUGUAUGCACGCCACUACUACAUGCAAUAUCAAGCAGCAGUUGCGGCCUCACAGCCCCCCUCCACCCCUCCCUACUCCCCCAGUCCCACCCACUCCCCCCAACCCGCACAGCCAAAUGAAGCUCCACCUCCCCUGGGGCCUAACCCCGCCCCUAACCCUAUCCAAGAGGACAGGCCGGCCAAUCCCAAUAUCCAGAUGAAUGCCCAGGGCGGGGCCGUGCUAAAUGAGGACGAAUUGAACCGUGAUUGGCUGGACUGGAUGUACACGGUCUCCCGCGCCGCCAUCUUGCUCAGCAUCGUGUAUUUCUACUCCUCCUUUGGCCGCUUCGUUAUGGUGAUAGGCGCCAUGCUGCUCGUCUUUUUGCACAGGGCUGGUUGGUUUCCUUUUAGGCCAGAGCUGCAGAACCCCGGAGGAGGAGGAGCGGGGUUGGCUCAUCAGGACGAGGCAGAGAGACACCAGGACAUCCAAGAGAUGGAGCGGAUGAUGGAUGAAGGGCUGGAGGAUGAGGAGGGCGACAGUGGAGAGGAAGGCCCAGAGGACCCGGCAGCUCCCGCUGCUCCCCGCCACCACGGCUUCCUGGCCUCCACCUGGUCCUUCAUCAGCACCUUCUUCACCUCCCUCAUCCCAGAGGGACCCCCCCACCCUGCCAACUAAACCAGGGAGGGAGACCCUCCCUCCUACCCAGCAUCAACCUCCCAUGCUGCCAACUACCAGACUGUAAAUAGAGCUGGAGUGUGGGAGAAGUCUUGAAUAAAUCAAUGAACAUCGAACAAACUAACAUGUUAUGCCAUGUUAAACAAGCUAACAAUGCUUUAUAUUCCAGAGGUUUUUCUGAUUUCAUCAUACAAAUUGGUACACACACACUUUUUUUUCUUUGAUCAUGUCUGCUUAUUCAGAUUUUGGUGUCAUUGAAAGGCCUCGAAGGGUCGUCCAUUUUAAGCAGUGAUACAGCCGUUGUAUUUAUUGUUUUGUUUUUUGAGAAUAGAUGAAAGGACAUACACACCUAAAUGUGUAUGAAUAUUUCAAUGACUCUAGCACAUAUGUUUCUCUCUAUAUAUGAGCAUUAUCUAUUUACAUAUGAGUAUCUACAUCUUAGUUUCUGACAAAAUGCAUUUUUGAAUAAAAGCCUUGUGGUUUCAUGUG